GCCUUCGUUUAAUAGUCGUCGUCUGCUUCCCACCUCUCGUUCUUUCUCCUCGUUAUACAUCUACCUAUCUCCUCCCCUGAUUCAUAAGCUUCUCCUCCCCAAUUCAUAAGCUAGGGUUCGCAUAGCCCAUUUUCGAUCCGUAGAAGUCUUCCGGUUACAAAAAACUGCAAGCCCCUAUGUGCAUCUGCAGAAAUCUUCGAUCCAGAAGUGGCCGCCCCCUAUAGAUUGUUUUCCAGGGGUGAGCGAGAUGCUCCGCCUUCUUUCUAAACCUACGGGUCUUUUUUCUUCCGUCGUCCUGAAGCCUGUGCGGCAGAGAUGCCGCCGGUGAGGAGUAGUACCGACGACCUCCAUCUGGAUUGGAAAUGGUCAAACAAGUUUUUUUAGCCUAUUGUCUAUGAAAAUUUACCAGUGUUUUGUUCCUUAUGCUCUUGAGUUGGCCACAGUUCUUUGGUUUGUCCCAGGGAACCACUACUAUGGUGCAGAACUCUCCAAAAAACAACGCAGGUUAUGGAUGCUACAUGUAGUGCCCCUGUUUUGGAAGAUGUAACUGCACCAGCCCCAGGCGGUUACGAUGUUACUGAGCUUGAUGUUAAUGUCAAUGAUAUUACUUCUAUUGAUGUUAACAUAGCCACAAUUUGUUCUAAUUCUGCCCCUAUAUUCCUUGCUGAUGUUACUAAUAUUGAUGCUAAUGCUAAUUAUGUUAGUGCUAUUGAUGUUAUAGCCAAUGAGGAUUUACUGAAAACUCCUGCUUACGUCUGUGUUGCCCCUGUCCAGUUAGCAAUGGUGGAUAUUCAUGAACUUGAUUCUCCUGUAGCUAAGGUUGAUUCUGCUAUGGUAGAAUCUGGUAGACAAACUGUCUGUGAGGUUUGAAACAAUAGCCAUUGUAUUUCUGGUGAGGUAGCAGCUAUUAAUACCAAUGGUAUUACUGGCGUGAUUACCAUUUAUCAGCCUGAUCCCACCAUUUUCACUGAAGUUGCCUUUGGUUAUGAUACAAAUGGUGCACCCCUUGUUCCCAGAAAAGAUUCUGGUACAAAUGAAUUCAAUGCCACAACGGAUACCAUUCAUGUUGGCCAUCUUUCUGCUACCACGGAUGCUGCACGUGCUACCAUGAUUAUGAAUGAAACCCCAAUGGCCACCUGUAAUGAGGCGGUAGCCGUGGGUCAUGUUCAUCUGAUUGUAUUGAAUCCUUAUCAAAUGAACUCCAGCACUUCUGUCUAUGAUAAAUUUGAG